AUGCGUUACACCAUCUUUACUCUGGCCGCAGCUGCCUCAUUCGCUUCAGCGCAGUCCUCUUCCUCUCCAGCCAGCGCAUCUCCCACAGGCACCCUCAUUCCCGUUGGCGAGAAUUGCGACCCCAACGGUACACCAUGCGCACUCGGCGCCAACUGCUACGCAGUCAACUCCAUGCUCCAACCCGUCUGCGGCAACUUCCAGGCCGCAUGCAAAAACGACCAGCAGUGUGCUUUCAACACAUGCAACCUUGAGCAAGGUCUUUGCAACGGCUUCAUCGCUUCCUCCUCGGCCUCAUCAUCCUCGGCGUCAGCAACGAUCACCACUACACCGACUGCACCGGGCCCAAUGCCUGCUCCUUCAUCAACCAUCGUCGCCCCUGCUGGAUCUCUGCCCCUCGGCGCCGAAUGCAACCCUUACGUCAACCCAAGCCAAUGCGCGAACGGUGUGGACUGCUGGGCUAGCAAUGCCAUGUUGAUUGCCCGCUGCGGUAACUUCAACGCUGAGUGCUCCAGCGAUGCGCAGUGUGCCUACAACAUCUGCAGCGGCGGACUCUGCAGAGGUUUCCUGCCAUCCAGCGCCAUGCCCGUUCAGCCAUCUAGCAUGAUGAGCGCGGUGCACCCAUCCAGCAUGAUGAACGGUACCGUGCCCAUGCAGCCAACUGGCACCGGCGCUGCUAGACCUACCGGUAACGGAACUGCCACUUCCACUGGUUCUGUCGAGUUCACUGGUGCUGCAUCUGCCGACAACGUCGCUGGUGGUGUUAUGGCUAUUGUCUUCGGUGCUGUUGCUUUGGCUUUGUAG